GAGCACUGUAUCUAUCUAAUUUGCUGACUCCCUUCUUUUGGAGGUCUGAUAAGUAGCACACUUCUGUGAACUGCCCUAUUGCCAUAUGAGCACCAGCAGGUUCAUUAGCAUUGUGCAAUUACUGUAGCCGAACAUGCAUAGGCUCAUGGGUUAGCCUGUUUGUGUGAAUGAUCACAUUGUAAAGCUUGGCUGUGCUGGUGCGUGCUCAGAGUGCCGUGUUAAGUUCCCUGUGUGAAUGCCCAGAUCCUGACGUGCCCAGGAACUUCAGGGUGACCGCUUGGGACAGCAACAGCGUGACCGUGGGAUGGGACUGCCCCCCGAGCGACCCCGCCUCGGGCCUCACCGCCUUCCUGCUCACGGUCUUCCACGUGGACGGCUCUGGCCACGUCCUGGAGGAGAGGAGCUUCAGACACACGCUGGGCAGCCCGGUGUUCACCGUGGGCAGCUUGCCUCCCUGUAGCAGGGUGCAGCUGGGGCUUCAGGUGGUGUGCCAGUCUACGGGCCAGUCUGUGGGCCAGUCCCGCCUCAGCAGGAUGGUCCUCAGCGAUGGAAACUCUGCAAACUCUGAAAUCAUAAACCUACACCAGUCCUCCUUUGGCUCCCAACUAUACGGUGAGCUGGUCCGUGCAGAACAUCUCCUCCAUCUCCAGCUUUAAGGUGUACCACCAGGGGAGCUCCAGAGCUCCACGCUCCUCACCUGGCACACAGUGACAGGCCUGCUUCCCUGCCACCAGUACAGCUGCAGGGUGGAAGCCCUGUGUGGGGACAGCACGGUCAUGAGCGUUAGCACCAUCCAGACAAAAACAGGCCCUGGUGAAGUGUUGGAUCUCCGAUUUAGACAGAAGGACUCGAUAGCCCUGUGGAGCGGCAGGUCUGGGGUGGGCGUGGCCUUCUUGUACCGCCUCUCUGAGAGGGGCGGCCCGAGCGUCCGGAAGGGGAGGCUGGCAGGCCCCCCCCUGCCUCUGCCGGGCCUGAGGCCUGGCUCCCUGUAUGACCUGGAGGUGGUGCCAGAGUGCGAGGGUGGCGAGCGUGGAGUUCCAGCUGUGCUCUACUUCAUCCCAGAGGAAGUCCCUGGCAGUGCCCCUAACGAUUCCCCUGGAGACAUCCUGCUACCCAGAGUUGUUGACUCUGCAGACCAAACAACAGAUCGCCUCGGACUGCAGGUUCAUCUCCCCAGCCAUGAAAUGUUCCUUGUUGUGCCAUGGACAAUGCCGCCAUCGCUGGAGGAUCCGAGGGCAGAAGCUCGAGUCCUGCUGGAGGGCAUUAUUAAAAGCAAGCUGCAGAACUUACUGAGUAAGUUCUGGCCAAAAGCGGAAGUGCAGCUGAUCUCGUUUGAAGACAGCGAGAGGAAAACAAAAACCAAGAUCACUUUUGAAAGCUUUGAUGUUUCCAGCCAGGAUGGGGUAGUGAUCCUCCGCCCUGAGGAGCAGCUGCAGCAUAUUAUCUCUCUCGGCCACGCCCACAUCACCGUCACAGACGACAGCAUCUACUGGGAUGACCCAGACGAGUGUGACUCCCCCGUCCUGAACAAGUGCGGCUCCAACUCCGUCUGCAUCAACACCCUGGACUCAUUCACCUGCGUGUGUGAGCCGGGGUCACUACCAGCCUGA